CAGCACCAGGAAUACCUGCAAGAAUUUCUGAAGCAAGAAGAUCAGAAGAAAAAACUUCCCCAAAACACGAUCCAGGUCAUUCUGAUGGAGAUAAACUAAGAGAUGGAAAAGUAAUUUCACAAACCAUACCAGAAGCAAAUCCACCUGGUGAUUCUGUCAGGACUCAAGAUGAAAGGUCUAAAUCAACAUUUAAUCAGCAUUCCUUUAGUACUGAAAAAACAGUGACUCCUACGCCACAUGUAUCCUCCCCGGCUACUUUCACAAGUACUGAAUUAGGUACGACUCCAAGUGCAAUUUCUUCACAAAGUGGUCCUACAACUAACAUAGAUGGUGUUCAAACUGAUAGUAAUAAUCAACUUCAAAAAACACCUAUUGUUGCUCAAAACAUUCAAGGCUUAGCUAAAGAUAAGGUUGAUGUUAUUGAGACUUCUGUAGAGACAGUUUCUGGUAGUACUUCCCCUAGAGGUGAAGAGGCACAUUACGAAGAAUCUCGUAGUGAAGAAACUAGUGAUAGAGUUACCAGUGAUCAAACUCGGGAUGCAGUUGUUGAUCGGGGCAAUACUGAUAGUACAGGUUCUCAGAUAAAAGUCACAAAUAGUGAAGGUCUUGGUGUUAGAGAUGAAAGUUAUGGUAUUACUACUAAUGAAAGUAUUCAACAUACAAAUGGUUAUGAUGUUGAUAAUACGAUUGUUGAAGUAACAGAUAGUGAAUUAACUUCUGGUAAUGCUAAAGAACUAGGCAUGUUUAGUGGUAUAUUUGAUGUAAUGAUAAAAAAUAAAGAAAAUGUCAUAAAUACUUCAAUACCCAUGGGGAUUGUUCUGUUGCUAAGCCUUCUUUUUAAAGUAAUACAAAAUUUACUGCAUCAAAUUAAUUAUUCAUGCUAUUUUAUUUAUAUAUAA